AUGUCGGAGUGCCUCAUCUCGACAGUGCCCAUCUCUCGGAGUGCCUCCAAGCCUCAUCUCGACAGUACCUCAUCUCGACAGUGCCUCAUCUCGGCAGUGCCUCAUCUGGCAGUCAUCCUGACAGUGCCUCAUCUCGACAGUGCCUCAUUCGACAGUGCUCAUCUCGGCAGUGCCUCAUCUCGGCAGUGCCUCAUCCUGACAGUGCCUCAUCCCCAGUGCCUCAUCGCGACAGUGCCUCAUCCUGACAGUGCCUCAUCUCGACAGUGCCUCAUCUCGACAGUGCCUCAUCUCGACAGUGCCUCAUCUCGACAGUGCCAUCUCGACAAUGCCUCAUCUCGACAGUGCCUCAUCUCGACAGUGCCUCAUCUCGACAGUGCCUCAUCUUGGCAGUGCCUCAUCCUGACAGUGCCUCAUCCUGACAGUGCCUUAUUCUGGCAGUGCCUCAUCCUGACAGUGCCUCAUCCUGACAGUGCCUCAUCGCGACAGUGCCUCAUCCUGACAGUGCCUCAUCCUGACAGCCAUCUCGACAGUGCCUCAUCUCGACAGUUCAUCGGGACACUGCCUCAUCUGACAGUGCCUCAUCCUGACAGUACCUCAUCGCGACAGUGCUCAUCUCGACAGUGCCCCAUCUCGACAGUGCCUCAUCCCGACAGUACUCAUCGCGACAGUGCUCAUCUCGACAGUGCCUCUCUCGACAGUGCCUCAUCUCGACAGUGCCCCAUCUCGACAGUGCCUCAUCCUGACAGUACCUCAUCGCGACAGUGCCUCAUCUCGACAGUGCCAUCUCGACAGUGCCCCAUCUCGACAGUGCCUCAUCCUGACAGUGCUCAUCGCGACAGUGCCUCAUCUCGACAGUGCCCUCAUCUCGACAGUGCCUCAUCUCGACAGUGCCUCAUCUCGACAGUGCCUCAUCUCGACAGUGCCUCAUCUCGACAGUGCUCAUCCUCUCGACAGUGCCUCAUCUCGACAGUACCUCAUCGCGACAGUGCCUCAUCUCGACAGUGCCCCAUCUCGACAGUGCCCAUCCCGACAGUACUACCGCGACAGUGCCUCAUCUCGACAGUGCCUCAUCUCGACAGUGCCUCAUCUCGACAGUGCCCCAUCUCGACAGUGCCUCAUCCCGACAGUACCUCAUCGCGACAGUCCUCUCUCGACAGCCUCAUCUCGACAGUGCCCCAUCUCGACAGUGCCUCAUCCUGA